CCUCACUUGCAGCCCUCCCUCUCUCCAAUCCAUUACUGGGGCUUUAGGGGUGAUACAGCCUUGGCAACGCGGGGACAAUAAGGUGCCGCAGCGCAAGAAAAGAUCAGUCCAAUAGCGCGGGAUAUCCUGUCUGCAGUUUCCUAAAACCAAAUAUGAAACCUCAGCUAUUUGCCGUAGACCUAAUACUUCUGUGCAUAUCUUGCGGAGCAAGUGGAUUGGCAACGAGUAUUCCUGCUGUGUCCGUGUCCUUGCCAGCCGCCAAUUUCACCAAUCUUGACGCAGCGCACAGCUAUGGAACAGACACCACGACUGUUUCGAAAAUCAGGAGGAAGCGUUAUAUUAGUCAGAACGACAUGCUUGCCAUUCUUGAUUACCAUAACAAAGUGAGAGGGAAGGUUUUCCCCCCAGCAUCCAAUAUGGAAUACAUGGUGUGGGACGACACCCUGGCUAAGACAGCCGAGGACUGGGCCCAGGCCUGCCUGUGGGAGCACGGGCCACCUCACCUCCUCAGGUUCCUGGGUCAAAACCUCUCUGUCAGGACAGGACGCUAUCGAUCCAUUCUUCAGCUGGUAAAGCCAUGGUACGAUGAGGUCAAAGAUUACUCUUUUCCGUACCCCCGUGACUGCAACCCUCGAUGCCCUCUCAGAUGCUACGGACCCAUGUGUACACAUUAUACACAGAUGGUGUGGGCAACAUCCAACAAAGUGGGCUGUGCUGUUCACACGUGCCAUAAUAUGAAUGUCUGGGGUGCAGUGUGGAAACGGGCAACGUAUUUAGUUUGCAACUACUCUCCUAAGGGCAACUGGAUUGGAGAGGCUCCCUACAAAGUUGGCGUCCCCUGCUCCGCCUGCCCACCCAGCUACGGGGGCUCCUGCAGCAACAACAUGUGCUUCCCGGCGCUCAAGACAAACUACCUGCACUGGUUCAAAUAAACACAGGUUUCCUCUCGACAUAAGCUGACAACCUACAGUACCACGGAGACAUUAUUUUAAUCCCGUAAGGAUUUGCACAACAGUCGUGGACCACACUAUUUUGUAUAUAUGGGCUUAUUUAAAGACUCAAACAUACAUUUGAAGGCAGCAGAUGAUUAAGCAUUGUUGACUUGUAAAUAAACUGUAAAAUAAUUUCAUUUGUACCAGAAUUGCUAUGACUAUUUUAAUUGAUAAUAUAAUUUAUGAGUAGGCCCUUAAACACAGUUUAUACUGUAUGUGGUGCUGCAUAUACUUUUGUUCUCACUAUACUAAUUUACUAUUGACAAUGUGGUAAUUAAGGACAUAACCAGAUCACAGCUGCUCAUACCUGCUCACUUUGGUGCUAUGGGCAUCACACCUUCAUGUUGUGUGCUCUGCCUUCACAGGAAUGUUGUGAUAUAAAGAUCAAAGCUUUUGACCUCAGAGGGUAAAACCUGCACCGGCAGCGUCAGCUUUGUAGCACACUUCAUACUCAAGUCUGCUGCAACUUCCAUUUGUGUCAUGCAACAAAUUCGCAAAGAUUUGUUGACAAAAGUGCACUUACUGUAAACUGAAGAUAUAUGACCAAACAAACAUUCAAUGCUGUUUGUUUCAACAUUCACACACAAAGCGUUUGCAGUUCUCAUCUACACUGAUUUCAAGGUUUGGUUGCAGUUUCAUACUUCAAGGCAUUUCAAGGGUUUCAUUCAUAUUUCAUGUAAUAUUUAUGCUAAAGAGAGCACAUACAUUAUGUCUGAUCCACAUAUUUUUUUAUAAUCAUAUAUGUUCAAUAUAUUGGUAUAUUAUAUACCAAUAUAUUGAUAUAUUGGACAAAUCCAUUGUUGAUAUUUUGAUAUGAUCACUGAUGUAGUUUUUGGAGUUAGGCACUCAAGUGCACCUUAUUUGUUUUGUGAAUUUCCAAAAUACCAGGAAAUUUUUUCUUUUUGUACAUGUAGAUAAUCAUUCUACCUUGACUAUCCCAAAACAAGUAUACUGUAAGUUAUUCAUUUUUAUAUGGGAAAAAGUAUUUAAUUGAUAGUAAUUUUUUUAUUGUUUUGUAAAAGGGUUGUAAAUAUAUCUAAACUAUGUAAAAAUACUGAAUAUGGUUCAUUUGCAUGUCAACUUUUAUAAUGUUGAAGUAAAUUCACUAUAACGUAAAUUAAAUUUGGGACAUUCCUUUUGAAUGAAGCACUAGCAUAAUAUUGGCAAGCGAAUGCCUUAACAUUUUAGCUUGUAUCAAUGCAUCAGAAUUAAUUUUUUCCCAGUACAAUCCAGCAGGGGAGACACGACAUCAGUGUAAUGGAAACAAAAAAUCAACAACAAAAAAAUACAAGCUUUAGUGGGAAAUGCUGCAUUGCAAAAUAAGAAAUUGACAUUUUCCGCAUUGACUGUAUUUAAAUCAACAUUAACAACAAGCUAUUUAUGCAAUGAACUGCGCUCUUCCUGUUGUGUUUUGUAUUUGUAAUAAAAUUGUCUAUUAUGA